AUGGGUCGCAUGCCUGUGCCCAGGAAGGGCCUGUCCCAGUGGGCUUUGCCCUAUCACUGCGGCAUCCUCACUUGGCUGAAGGUGACAUUGGAUGACAUGAAGGAACAGAUUUACCAACUGACUGAGAAUGGCCUGACUCCUUCAGGUGUGAUCCUGAGAGAAUCACAUGGUGAUGCACGGGUACGUUUUGUGAUGGCCAAUAAAACCCUCGGAACUCUCAAGUCUAAGGGACUUGAUUCUGAUCUCCCUGAAGGUCUCUACCAUUUAAUUAAGAAAGCAAGGAAGGAGAAAGAGAAAGAAAGAAAGAAAGAAAAAGAAAGAAAGAAAGAAAGAAAGAAAGAAAGAAAGAAAGAAAGAAAGAAAAGAAAGAAAGAAAGAGAAAGAAAGAAAGAAAGUUGCUGUUUGAAAGCAUCUCGAAAGGGGCAGAAAGAAUACGAUGCUAAAUUCCAUCUGGUCCUGACAGGGAGUUGGAUUUACCAUUUGGCUUGAUAUUACAAGACUAAGUGAGUCCUCCUCCCAGCUGGAAAUACAAAUC